CAACGUGUCACACACAAUUCCAUUUUUUUCUCACACCCAAUUUACCAAAGUCACGAAUUCAAAGAACCAAACCUUUCAUUCAUUCCCUAUAUGUAUCUAUCUAUUUGAUCUUAUCCUCACAAACCCAUAAUUUUCUUUUCGUUUGAUCUAAAAAAAUCACAACUUUAUUCGGAACCAACUUUUGGAAAUGAUGGAGUUGCUGUUAUCACUAUGUGUAAUCCACCUGUUAAUGCUUUGGCUAUUCCAAUUAUUUGGGCGUUGAAAUAUAAAUUUGAUGAAGCAGCAAAGAGGAAUGAUGUAAAAGCUAUAGUUUUGACUGGCAAAGGUGGGAGAUUUUCUGGUGGAUUUGACAUCAGUGUUAUGCAGAAAGUUCACCAAACUGGCGAUAUCACGCUUGUACCAGAUGUAUCUGUGGAGUUGGUAGUCAAUUCAAUCGAAGAUUCGAAGAAGCCUAUUGUUGCAGCAGUAGAGGGGCUUGCUCUUGGAGGUGGAUUAGAAUUGGCCUUAGGGUGCCAUGCACGUGUUGCGGCUCCGAAAGCUCAACUUGGCCUGCCAGAGCUGACACUUGGUAUUAUUCCCGGAUUCGGAAACGUCAAGACUGCGAAAUAG